AUGAGAGUUUCCGGCAACAUGGAACCCGCCCCCCGGAGACGCCAUGAAAGGGACAACAUCCGGGUAAUCAAGCCCCUUCUGCGCGCCUAUGCCCUUGGGUACCUUUCUUCUGUGACUCCAAAACUGGCGUCGUAUGUACGCCGACUACGUACCAAAGACUGGACGACGCAACAAAAACUACAAGAGCUCGUCAAAGUAUUGACAGGGCCUUUACGUGCUAACAGCUUCCCCACAUCGUGUGCUGUGUUGGUCGGCGGUUCAACAUUACUGCCACUAGGAUUGUAUCGACUCUGUUCCUUUGUCGCAGCCGGGCUUACCAAGGGUGAGCUUCGGAUAUCGCAAGGACUGGACCGCUUGGUUCGGUUUUUGAUCACCUUCAUAUCGGGGUGGUUCAGUUUCCAGCUUCUCAACAAGAACCGGAUCCGUCCAUCAUUAGAAGAUGAAGCCACCCGAGACUCCGCAUGUCAAGUCAAAGACUUUGGCGGGGAAUCAGUCAAUCCGCUAGAGCGCCAACGUCCUGAAUUGGCAGGCAGGACAAUGGACCUGACCAUUUACUUGGUCACAAGAGCGGUUGAUGUGGUCGCGUGUGUCGCGUGGAACCGCUGGGCCCGUCGUCGUCGUGCGCAGAGCCGCUGGACCGUCACCGAAUCCCUCAUUCCCGGCGUGGCAGAUGCGGGCGUUUUUGCCAUGAGCUCUGCUCUUGUCAUGUGGGCGUGGUUCUAUCUCCCUGAACGGCUUCCCAAAGCAUAUGAGAAGUGGAUUGGACAAGCUGCCCAGGUCGACUCACGUCUAAUUGAAGCUUUGCGUCGUGUCCGACGGGGGGUUUUUGUAUACGGAAAAGACACAGGCCAGGCCCCUCUUCUUCAGUCGAUGUGCAAAGAUUAUCACUGGCCAAUUGAGUGGGGAGACCCAGCAAAGAUCCGCCGAAUCCCCUGCGAAAUGGUACACAUGGGCUGUGGGCCUAAUUGCGAGAAACAUGCGUUGUAUCGAUUUGCCAAAACCUUCAAGUUUGCCUGUGCGACAUAUAUUCCCCUUCAGAUAAUCUUUCGCCUGCGGGGAAUGAAGUCUGCCACAGCCCUCAGGCGGGCCCUCGCAGAUGCAGCACGGUCAUCUGCCUUCCUUUCGGCAUUCGUCAGUCUUUUCUACUAUGGUGUAUGUCUUGCUCGAACUCGACUCGGUCCCAGGAUGUUUGACCCGAAGACGGUCACGCCGACGAUGUGGGACUCGGGACUUUGCGUCGGCAUGGGUUGUUUCAUGUGUGGCUGGAGUGUAUUGGCCGAAAAAGCGCGGAAAAGGCAAGAGUUGGCGCUAUUUGUGGCACCCCGGGCAGUCGCCACGGUCUUGCCACGGUUGUAUGAUAAGAAGGUAUGCAUCGGACCCUCGCAUCCUCUGUUCACAGCAGGGUUACACCCACAUCCCGUCAACCCCCUUCUCGAUGUCCCCAAAUUGGCCUGUGAUGGGUUCCAAAAUAGCCAGGAAGUGCCGGCCUGCUGA